AGACACAGAUGCACCUACUCUUCAUUUGGUCCAUGAUAUGUGGGAUUCAAUGAUCAAGAAAGUAAAAAGUGCUAUAUAUCUCUAUGAAAGAAAAGAUGAACAAGAGUCAUCGUCCUUCUACGAUGUUGUGCACUCAAUAUUAGUUCAAAGAUGGACAAAAAGUAGCACACCUCUUCAUUGUUUAGCACAUUCAUUGAAUCCAAGGUAUUAUAGCCACCAAUGGUUGAGAGAAGAUCUUACACGAGUUUCUCCUCAUCAAGAUAUUGAGAUCACUAAUGAGAGAGUUAAAUGCUUGAAGAGGUAUUUUCCUAAUGAAGAAGAAAGGAGAAAGGUAAACAUUGAAUUUGCAAACUUUUCUGAUGGUAGAGGUGUCUUUGAUGAUUAUGACUCUUUGAAUGAUAGAGGCAUAGUUGAUGCAAAGUCUUGGUGGCUAAUUCAUGGUAGUAAAGCAAAAUUUCUUCAACCAAUUGCUCUUAGGCUACUAGGGCAACCAUCUUCAUCUUCUUGUUGUGAAAGAAAUUGGAGCACAUAUUCUUUUAUCCAUUCCCUGAAAAGAAACAAGUUGAAGCCUAAACGUGCAGAAAAUUUAGUAUUUGUCCACACUAAUCUUCGUCUUCUUUCAAGAAAAACUCCACAAUAUAAUAAAGGAGAAACUAUGAUGUGGGAUAUUGCUGGAGAUGCUUUUUCACCAAUUGAUGAAGAAAAUGGUGUUCUUGAAGUUGCUCACCUUUCUCUUGAUGAACCGGAGUUGGAAAGAGUGACUUUUUCUAAUGAUGAAGAUAUCAACCAUAUAUGAUGGAGAAAGAAUGACUUUAGAUAACUUUUUUUUUGUGUACAUGUGAUGUACAAAAUUCUUACUAUCUUUAUUAAGACAUAGAAAUUUAGAAUUUUUAUCUUUUGAAUACCUAUACACUUUAGG